AAUUUGUGAAUAUUUAUUUUAAGUCUGGUUAAUAUAUUUCUCAGUGAAGAAUAAAUAAAAUGUAGAAAUUAUUUUUCUUAACCACGGCAAAAGAGAAACGGCAUUUUCAACGUGAACACUCGCGCUGUCCACGAGCUGGAAAGCUACUCGCUGCAAGUGGAGGAGCAUCUAACAAUAAUGCACUUAGCAAGAUAUACGUGUACGAUUAUCUGUUUGCUUUAUAUUUAAAAGUUUUUGUAAUUACUGUUAAGACGCCGAAUCGCAUUUGAGAUAACCUUAGGUUUGUUGUGGUGGUAUUUCUGAGUAUGUCUUAAUUGUUAAAAGUUGUUUGAUAACUAUAAUCUGUCAGCAUGGAUACUGAAUCCGUGGGAAACCCUGCUGUCUGCCAAAAAUUUUAUCAGCCGUCAUCAGAAGAUAUAGAGAGCUGGAUGCAAAAAGCAUUUGAUAUGGCUAAAGAGGCUUUAGAGAAUGGCGAAGUACCCGUUGGAUGUCUGAUGGUGUACAACAACCAGAUCCUGGGGAAAGGAAGGAAUGAAGUGAAUGAAACGAAAAAUGCUACCCGCCAUGCAGAGAUGGUUGCCUUGGAUCAGGUGCUGAACUGGUGCCACAAGGCCCAGAGGGACCCCGGGGAGGUGCUACAGCAGACUGUCCUCUAUGUGACUGUGGAGCCAUGCAUUAUGUGUGCCGGAGCCUUGCGACUAAUGAACAUCCCUCUGGUGGUCUAUGGCUGUAAGAACGAGAGAUUCGGCGGCUGCGGGUCGGUGCUCGACAUCCCCGGGGACGAGCUGCCAGACACCGGCACGGCAUUCAAGUGCAUCUCCGGGUUCAGAGCUGAGGAAGCUGUGGAGAUGCUGAAGGUUUUUUACAAGCAGGAGAACCCUAACGCCCCGAAGCCAAGAGUGAGAAAGGACUGAGAAGACCGGCUAUGGGCAAUGCUUUGUUUGGCCAGCAGGGGGCUCUAGAUGCUAACCUACAGAGUAGACAGGUUUGGGCAACAUUAUACAGCAGAAACGAUUCCUUCACAGAAGCUACCUGGAGAGACAGUCUUAUAAUUCAACACGUACAGGCUGUUUUAGGAUUCAGAACAUCUGUUCUGUGUAAUGCUUCAGGAAACAUUUAAUGUAUGUUUUGGUGAAUUUAAUCAGUUUUGUUUCUAAUGUCUUUUAGUGCAAUCUGUCUGCUGUGCCAGUCAAACAGGGAAAUAAGUGGAAUAUAUGCAAAUGGGAGUUGCAUGCUAACUGAGACUCACGUCCACCCUGUGUGUGUGUGUGUGUGUUUGCGCGUGUGCAUGCGUGUCCUGUGUUGGGCUGGAAUCCUAGCCCCUCUGCCUCAGGAUAGGUUCAAGGCCCAACAGGCUUUAUAUUACGAUUCUUCAGUCGUAAGAGGAUGAGUAUCCUCACACUUAGCUCAUCACAUCACCGUCUCCCUGUUUUGCCACCCUGGCUGUAUGUUAAGUGUAGGAACCCUCUUCUGCGGAGAGGCAUGGAGACGCGGGGGUUUUGAGCUUCACCAGGCGAAGUUAUAUCCAGUCCUAAUAACAGCUUAACUACAGCGAUGAAGAGCUGUGAGCUGCGUGACCCUGUGGCCUCCUGGCAGCUAGGGGUCCCCACUGCCACCGAUGGGUCUUCUUUCUAGCAGACGACUCCAUUCCUGUUGCUGCUCUGUGCUCAUGGGAAAUGGAGGCUUUGCGGGGAGCAUAAGGACACGGAUUGGUGGAAGUGGCUCGGUCUGAGACCCGCAGCCAGGGCAGCCGUAGUACAACAUCCAGCUGUUUUCUAAGUCUGUUUAAUGUCUAGAUAGAUUCUAAGCUGUUGUCUUGGAUAAAUAAAUAAAGCGUAUGUUUAAAAAGUAAACUUGAUGCACUGAAGUAGCGGCUGGA